AUGGUGAACCUCAGUCGCUGUAUCGCACAAGUUGGCUGUAUCCUAGCUAUCUGCCAUCAAGCAUCUGCAGCGCCAGCACCGCGUCGCACGGUCUGGGAGGUUGUAACCGUAACCUCUUGCCCAAAUAAUGCAUGUGCUACCACUGCACCUUGCACAAGUACCUUAAGCCCUGUGACAAAAACUCUCACAACCACUGAAUGUUCAACAUCAGAGCCAGUCACGACGACAUUCGAGUCAACAUCUUCUUCUUUAACCUCAACAUCCACCUCGUCGAGAUACACAGCGCCACCAAGUGGCAAUCCCUAUCGAGACCGUAAUUUCAAUACUAUCCAUCACAUCUAUAAUCUAACAAUCUUCCCCAACCAAGUCCCCAUCAUCGCGUUCGGGGCAUCCGCUGUUCCAGACGGUCUAUUUGCAGAUCAUGCAAGUGGCAGAAUAUCUCCAGUUGGCAACUUCACAGAUUUCGAAGACUCAAUUGAAUACUUCUUCGCUCUGCCUCCACUUCCAAUCUCUAACAAGAACUCUGCCGCAUUCACCCGCUUCGAACUCGCUCAAUUCUCCUCAGAGUGCCCUGAAAUCGCUUCCAGCACAGUGUAUCUCUACGCAGAGGUAGUAAACGCCACCAGCCCAGAUAAUGGCAAACUAGUCUCGAUCCUUAAACAAACAGGAUUCUGGAGAUUCAAUGAACGGGGCGAAGUUGUCAACUACGACCUCGCCCUUAUCGAAGUCGACCACUUCAUUGAGGAGCUCACAUCUACCGACUAUAAUGAUCCAGCUGCGCAGCAAGAGCUGAUUCAUACCACUUGCAAUGCCCAAGCUUUGAGGUGUAACGGUAAAAACGCACAGUACGACAGCAUUGAACAUUGCAUCGAGAGUCUCUCCGCCAAGCCAUUCGGUAGCUACACCAAUGUCUGGAGUGACUCGGUUGUCUGCCGCUCCAUCCAUAUCGUUUUGACCAUCACUCGCCCUGAUGCACAUUGCCCACAUGUAGGCCCAAGCGGUGGGAUGAAGUGUGUCGAUUAUGACUACAAAACACGCCAAUUCGAUGAUGAACAUUUAUGGGGUCGAACCGACUUAUUCCGUUGCAUUGCUUAG